AUGCGAGGAUUGGAAUGGGAUAACAUGGGAGUGGAAGUUGACGGCCGGCAUUUACACCAUCUCCGUUUCGCUGAUGACAUCGUUCUUAUAACAUCAAGCAUCAAUCAGGCGGGACGGAUGCUGGCCGAAUUUGAUGAAACGUGUGAAAAUGUUGGUCGGGAGAUCGACAUGAUGAACGACCUGGCCUCCGAGCUAGACAGGACAGAUAGAAGGAAAGCUUGGGGAUUCAAAAACAUCGAGGAUAUAGUGAAGAGGAAAAUGCCAAAACUAGUAUGGUAG